UUACUCAUUCGGCUACGACAUCAGACGCGGAGCUAACCUGCAGCUGCUGGAUGACAGAACUCUGAUCUUCAUCGCAGGAAACAUCCUCAUCCUGUUGGACAUUCUCACCAAGGAGCAGCGAUUCCUGCGCUCCUGCAGCGGAGGAGGAAUCGGAGCCGUCGCGGUUUGCCCCAGCAUGGAGUAUUUUGCUGUGGCAGAAAAGGGAAACAACCCCCACAUCAUCGUUUACGAGUAUCCCUCUCUACGACCGUACCGCAUCCUGAGAG